UCAUGGGGGAUGUGAAUGCGUAUGAAAGCGCACCCUUAUCGAGGAGGGUGGAGUGAAGUGGCUGUGAAAAGCGAAACAAUUCUUCCAAAAUUGUAUUCAGUCGCCCCGAAAGCAUCGACAGCAAACGGUUACGGCUAAACACAUAAGGAAAUGAGCUCAGGAAUAAAUGACCCUCCACCCUAUGUCAUACCGGUGGGGGACCAACAGGACAACGUGAAGGUGUACAAGGUGCACACGCCAUUCACGCCAAGCUCCGCUUCCGCCAGCUCAGGCUACAGAGUGCAGACCCAAACCACGACAGUUCAAACAACGUCCACUGACAGGGACAGGAACAAGUUUGUGAAUUAUGAAACGGAGCUCGGGCGCUCUCCCGGCAUGGUCACCUGCACCACCUGCCGAGAGCAAGUGCUCACCCAAGUCACCUAUAAAGUGGGAAUGUAUGCCUGGCUCAUGUGCCUCCUCUUCAUCCUGUGCGGGUUCGUGAUUGGCUGCUGCCUCUUGCCAUUCUGCCUCAAGUUCUUCAAAGACGUCUACCACUCCUGCCCCAAGUGUCACCGUAUUCUGCAUGUGGAAAAGAAAAAAUGUUGCUGACCCCAGAUGAACUCCUCGCAGCUAACAUUCACUCCAUAGAAUUUUCUUUUCUGCAGAAAAUGAAGAGAAAAAAAAACACAACACAACACACAUACCACCACCAUCUAAUCGACGUGAUCAUGUAUGUACAUGAGAUUAGCUGUUGGACACUACGGCAUACUUUAGAACCCUUACAAUGUAUUGUUCUAAUCAUUAUGUUAGUUUUGUAAUAUGUUACUGCAAUACACAACCUCAGCAUUUUGAGGGACCCGUUGAUUUUUGCUUUGCUUCAGACAUGUGCAAAUUAGGAUGUUUCAAUUUGCAUGAUCGGCGUUUUCUGAUCUAGAAGUUCCAUGAGUCCACGUUUUUGCUCUAUUUUCAGGUGUUCAGUGUUCUUGUUUGUUUGGUUCAGAAGCUGGAUAGAGCAAAAACGUAUCCCAGACACUAGCGUUCGGCAGAGGAAGUGUUCAAAAAUGUCGAUAGUGUCUUGAUUAAAAUAAAACAUUGUAUCUUUGCCAAUUUUCAAACCUAUUUCGCAACCUGAAUUCCUACUGUGUAUUCAGUUAAUUAGCAAUAGUACACAAUAAUAUAUAUGUCUUUAAAUACUAAAAAAGAGGUUAUUUGAAAUCAUAUAUUUGCAUUUUUCACAGGUUUUUAUUAGCAAACAUGACCUAACCUGACAGGAUUGCUAUAGCAGGUCUAUAAAUAAAAUUGUUCUUCACUGCUAAUGCUAAUCAGUUAGCUUACAUGCGCUAUCCUAACACAAUUUGUGUUAUCUUGACAGAAAGAUGCUAACCUAAAUAAGCUAGUUUAACAAGAUUCUAAGGAUUUUAAAAUAGCCUGCUAAAAUGAGAAAACCUGACACGAUUCUGCAAGGAUUAAAACAAAAAUUCUUGCCAGUUAGCUAACAUUAACUAACCUGACAGGAUUUAUGAUAGAAUUUUUAAAGUAAAUUGAUAAAUAACAUUACUCAUCACUGCUCAUGCUUGCAUGCUAGUUAGUUCACAUGAGAAAAUAUUUCUGAGAGGAUUAAUGUCAUAAAAAUUCAUUAUCAUUACUGAAAAUGCUAGCCAUCUAACACAUGAGCUAAUCUAGAUUUUUUUUUUGUCAAAUUCUUGUGUGCAUUAUUAUUUAGUGCUAAGGUAACCACUUAAUUAAGCUAACAUGUGCUAACAUGACAAGAUGACUCAGACUAUUUUAAAAUCAUGUUCAUCAUUCUUCACUGCUAAUGCUUCUGAGCUACCUAGUUAACAUGACCUAACCUGACAAGAUUUCUGAGCAUUUUAAGGACAUUAUAAAGAAAUAUUCAUUAUAUUCACUGAAAACGCUAGCCAGCUAGCAUACAUAAGUUAACCUCAGGAUAUGACAAGAUGAAAGGAUACCUUGUCAUAUUCAAGUUAUGUUCCUAAAGGUUCGCAAUCUUUCUGGCUAAUGCUAUCUAGCUAUGUAAUAUGAGCUAACCUGACAAGAUUUCUUGAUUUCAACCAUGAGGAUCUAUGAGGCUUUUUAAGUCAAGCUCCUAAAUAUUGGUACUCUUUACUCCUAAUGCUUGCUAACAUAAGCUAAGCUGACAGAACUUCUGAGAGGAUUUUUAAGGCAAAUUGAUAAAGUUUAAUGUUUAUUAUGGAGCAAUACCACAUACAUUUCUAAAUAAUGACUUUACUUAAAAUGGCUGACAUUAUUACAUUAACACUAAUUAGGACAUGAACUCUAGCGUUUGGGAUGAAACCAUGGACUGGAUUGAAAAACGCCGAUCUACAGGGUCUAAGAGAGUUUAAGUUCCUCUGGACUUCCUGCAGACAAAUACAAUCACCUGAACAGAUGAAUCCGGUGUUUUAUAUGAAGGAAAUAAAUGUGUAGUAGGCAACUGAGGACUACUCACUCUAUAAUAAUUAUUAUAACAUACCACUAAAUUUAAGAAUUUCUUACAGAAGACGGGGUGCGGAUAUUAUUAGGGGCAUUGGGCUCUAAGUAUUACAUAAAUGAUUUUGUGCAAAAUGGUAAACUGCUUUUGAUACAUUAAGACGUAAUAAGGCACCAAGGUACCGGUACCAUCUGGUUCUCCAUCAGACACAGAAUUGGCCAUUGCUUUAAACACUAGUAAAUGAGACUUAAUUUUUUUUUUUUCAUUGAUCCAUGGGAAACUCCUGUGCUUUGUACAUAAUUCUCCAUAAAUCUGAAUUAUUUUAAAUGUAUAUUUUUAUUAUAGUGUAGAGCUCUGCUACAAUGAUUUGCACAUCAAUGUAAUUGAGAAUCUCGGCCUUACCAUUAAAAACAAACAAUUUUAUGAACUGAA